UCUCGAUACUUGUAUACUCCAGAUUAUCACUAAGCCAUGGCAACUUCUAUCCGGCUAUCACCGCAAGUUCAGCAGAUCCAAAGAAGUUCACCCUAUACCGAUAUCUUUACAAAUGCUCCGGUCGCUUCCUUUUGCUCGCAAGAAAACAUACAGUACCGCGACCUAACACUCUCUCAUGCUCAUCCUGAUGUCAACCGAUGGCAAAAUCCCGGAAGUUGGGGUGCACGACAUAGUAACGACACAGCCCCAUUCACGCUGUGGGACGCAGGGAAUCGCAAAUUCCGUACGCCAAAUCGCAAGGAAUUGCAGUGGAUUUACAAGAAAUUCGGCGAUGGUAACUUCGGCCAGUCGGGUUGGUUUAUGUGGAUCGAGACUUCCAGUCCCCCUCGACCAAUCCCUCUGACUCUCGCAUGUAUGCCGGUCAUAUUUGUUGGAACCGGGACAUGUCCCACCGAAGCUAUUCCCGAAACCCGUUAUCCGAAUCCGCGAAUCGAGGACCCGUGUCCGACCCUAGCCUGGCCCAAGAUGGCAUUUCCGACAAAGGAACAGAAUAUCACUCUCCUCACAGCUCUGGAGCCCUUUGCAAAUAUACGAGCAAUUUUGUAUCUGCCGAAUUGGACCAUCGUGGAGCUACGCUAUGGCGAUGGCCGAAUCUAUGAGCCGCAAUCAUUACCUGGAAUUGUUGCAGGUCGCACUACAUUAUACCACCACGCAGAGGGACCAUUCUACCAUAAAAUGCGAAGCCAGACGCGAGCUCGUUUCAUUGACCCUGCUCAGUAUAUGAACAGCCUGGAUUCCCUACCUCAAGACGAUUCUAACUAUCUUCGGCGGGUAUGCCUAACGCCAGGGUGCAGAGUCGAGAGUGGCUUGAGUUCUCCAGGCUCCCGUUAUGGGUCAGUGGAUUCUGCGACAACAUUAGGAGUGAAACUUCGUAAUGUGCGUGGGGAGGAGGUGGUCACGGUCGCGCACCACGGAUUCCUGCUCUCUAAUGAAGUACAUCAUCCAAGGAUUGGCGAAGACAUGAUUGGCACAGUUUCAGAUACGCGCCCAGAAUUGGAUAUUGCGUUCGUUAAGCUGACCCCUGCGGCCUCAGCAAGCUUCACCAAUGAAUGCAACUUCCAAGCAGAGCCGCCACGGAGCCUUAUGCCGGGUGACAUGAUAGAGGCGGGUUCAUGGAGUGAGGUGGAUGGUAUGAGCUCUGGCCUAGUGAGCCUGAUGGUAUAUGGCAAGUAUUUCACGGCGCCAGUCCGUCCUGACGGCUAUCCCGCAAUUCCCUUCGAGCGAUGGAAAGCGUUAUCGGUCAAUGCCGUAUUUGGGGCAAUCAACUCCACGAUAUCAGACGGGAUUUGUGGGGCACCAAUCGUCGAGUGCGAAAGUGGCGGAGUUACUGGCUUCUUCCACCUCUCCGAUGGAACCAACUGCCUUAGCGUUCACCUGGAUGAUCUGAUAGCGGAGGGAUGGCAAGUGGCUUAGACCAGAUCUAUGGCUAGGUGCCCUGAUUAACUGAAAUUGUGUUACCCUAGGUCAGAAAUAGACUCCUGAAUCUAU